GCUGUCAUAAAGUUUAAAAUUAAAAUUCGAGGCCGAAAAAAAUUCAAUAUUCGCCACUUUUAAUUUAUAUUCGGUUCGAUCAGAUACUAUCCUUAUUGCUUAGAACUCCAUAUAAGUCUUGUUCAGUUGAAAGGGUAGAGUGGUAAUUAUGGCAUCUUCGGACACCGGCAAAGAGGAAAUAGAUGAAGCAGAGGAAGAGGCUUUAUUAAAAUCGGAUGAUGACUAUGACAUGCGUGAGGUCUCAGAGCAAUCUUCUAUUAACUUGGAAGGACCACUAAUUGAUGAGGAUUUUUUAAUCAAUGACUCAUCCAAGUCGCAAUCUAAUGCUAAAUCAGAUUUUACUUCUAAUAAUAAAGUCAUGAGUGAAAGAAAAGAAAGCGAGAGUGACAUUUCUUCGGACAAUGAAGACGAUGCGGAAAGAGAAGCUUUGAAGCAAUAUGAGGAUCUUGUUGCGGAGCUAGAGUCUGAAAAAUAUGCAUAUGACAAAUAUGUACGUUUAUGCGAUUUAUCACACGCAACCGGUGAUUUGGACAACAUCCGUAAAGCCUACAAGAGUUUUUCCGAAGUCUAUCCCCUAACUGCAGAACUUUGGCUUCGCUAUAUUAAUGUCGAACUAAAACUGGCGCAGAGUCCGAACGAGAUUGAAAAAGUUGAAACGCUGUUUAAAAGAGCGUUUCAAGAUUACUACUCUUGUGACUUGGCUGAGAAUUUUGCUUCGUUUGCCCCUCGUUGCAAGGAUGCAGAUAUGAUAUGGAAGCAAAUAUUAAGUACUUAUGGGCUGCAUUGUUUCCAAAGCAGAUAUUACUUUCAAAUGUAUCGGAAAUACCUGAAAGUAUUUUACAGUAUUGAAGACAAUCAAAAUGAUUCGUAUAUAGAAAGCUUUUUAACUGAGCUGCGUCAUCCUCACGUGGAUAUGGAAGAAAGUUUUAUCGAAUUUAGAGUGUUCUAUGAGUGGAACAAAGAAACGCUUUCACAGAAAAUAAAGUGGGAAGAUGUUGAGAGACGCUAUUUCAGAGCCAAGGAGCAAUUACAAAAAAUUUUACCCUUUGAAGAGAAACUGAAAACGUACGCCGAGCAUGCUUACCGUGAAAAAGUGGACACCUACUUCGAAUACAUAGAAGCUGCUGAUAAAUUGCUAGAUGAAAAUGUAUUGCAAACCAUAUAUGAACGCAUGGUUGCUGAAUGUUGCCUCAACGCAGAUUGUUGGCUUAAAUACAUAAAAUUCAUUGAAUACCGCGACGAAUAUGGACCUCCAGAUGGGUUACCCGCCUUCCAUCCGUUUAAUCAAACCGCAGAUGAUAUUAACAAGCGAGCUUUGCGAAAUUGCUCUUGGUCGCCUGAGCUAUAUAUCAAGCGGAUGCGUUUAUUUGAAAAAAUGGGCAAAACGAAAGAGGAAAUUCAGGAAAUUUUAGAAGGGGCAAUGGCGGCUGGGUUUCAAACACCCGAGCCGGCCGUCCUUAUAUGGCUUGAAUAUCUCACUUACUUAAGACGUCACACCGAGUGGGGGAAUGAAAAUGAGUGCGAUACCUUACGCAAAACUUUCAACUUAGCCUGGACAAUAUUGGGACAGCAAUGGGGUGUCUUAGCUGAUUGCAACUGUGAAAUAUUGCAAUUCUGGGGACGUUUAGAAUAUGGACCCUUGCAAGAUUCAAAAAGAGGCAAAGAACUAUGGACGACGGUUAUGGAAAGUUCCGAUAACGCAUCAAAAUCCGGCCUAUGGAUAGAAUUUGCUUUAUUGGAAAUGAGACGUGAUUUGGAGUCCACUAGAAACAUAUUUAGUAAAGCACUACGCUCUGUUAAUUUGGACAAUCCAUCUGUGAUAAGCUCGGCUUGGGAAAGAUUUGAACGUUGCAAUGGUACGGCGAAGACUCUCGAGAAUUGUCUUAAAGAAUGUCAUGGCAUCAAUAAGAAUGUAAGCUUAAAGUUGUCGCAACACAAAAGUAACAUCAAAUCUAAAAAGGAAGUGAAAUCUGUAAAGAGGAAAGCUUCACCUUUACGAGAUGAAGUGCCUUCGAAGCAUUCGAGGAAUCUUGAUGCCGAAGUAAAUUCAUGUGAAAAGCGAACUUUCAAAGAUCACGAGGAUCAAACCAUCGAUAUAUCGAAAGACCAUUUACGUAUUUUUCUUUCGAACUUGGAUUACAACAUAAGCGAAGAACAGAUACGCGCUGAAUUAAUCGAGUUGAAAAUCGUUAACGUGGAGUUAAUACGGUCAGCAAAUGGUAGAAGUCGAGGAUUCGGUUAUGCAGAAUUAAUAAACGAAGACGAAGUGGAGAAGGCUCUUGCAAUGGAUCGAAAAAUACUGCAUGGUAGGCCGUUGUAUAUAUCAAGUGUUUUAAGAGACAAGCAACAGCGUCAAAAAUUCAAAUAUUCUGUCGAAAUUGAGCCGCAAAAGCUGUUUGUCAAAGGGUUGCCCCCCGAUGUCACUGAGCAGGAAUUGAAGGAUAUUUUUGCGGCAUUCGGUAACAUAAAAGAUGUCCGGCUAGUGCAUCACAAAUCGGGGAAAUUUAAAAAUAUCGCAUAUAUAGAGUACGAAGAUGCGUCUUCAACUGGCAAAGCUGUUUUAGCCCUGGAUAAAACGAAACUGAGAGACCAUUUAUUGUCUGUGGCGAUAUCUGCUCCACCGCCGAAACCAACUACUUCGCCCAGCAAUCCUAUGAAGUCGUUGGGAAUUAUUCCGCACAAACAAAGAAAAGCUUUUGACCAGAAACCACGCAUGUCACUAAUACCGAAUGCCGUGCGCAAGAAUUUUCAAAGUCAAAAUGCGCCAAAUUCUUUGAAUACGCUUAUCAAUCAUAACGGCGCUCCCAAGACGAACGAGGAUUUUCGCAAUUUGCUAAAGCGUUAAGUGUAUAAUUGAAUGCAUAGAUUGUUUAGAUACAUUCAUCUUUACGUGAGCAAA